UUUUGAGAAAAGAAAAAAAAUGGUUCCUUGUUCCUAGGAGAACAGGAACAGAGUUGGGUGUUCCUUGUUUCAUCUCACAUUGAAACCACCGGAGAGAGAGAUAAUGGCGGAGGGGCAAUCCCCGGAGAACUCACCGCCAGCUCCUCCUCCUCCUUCUCCUCCGUCACCUCCCUCUUCCAACGAUCAACAAACAACAUCUCCUCCUCCUUCCGACAAUCAAGAAACAACAUCUCCUCCUCCUCCAUCUUCACCUGACAUAGCUCCUCCACCUCAACAACAACAAGAAUCACCACCUCCUCCUUUGCCGGAAAAUUCCUCCGAUGGUUCUUCCUCGUCGUCUCCACCACCACCGUCUGACUCAUCCUCACAAUCACAAUCUCCACCUCCUCCUUCAACGUCCCCGCCACAGCAGAGUGACAACAAUGGCAACAAAGGAAACAACAAUGAGAACAACAAAGGUAAUGAUGGAAGCAGCGGCGAUGGAGGAAACAAGAACAUGUCUCAUACUCCUCCACCACCUUCUAAGACUUCGGACCAUAGCUCUCACUCGCAACCAAGAUCGCUGGCGCCGCCUACAAGCAACAGUGGCUCAAAUUCGUCAAGUAAUGAUGGUUUGAACAUUGGUGCUGUUAUAGGACUUGUGGCUGCAGCUGGAAUUUUAUUCAUUGUCAUGAUCUUGUUAUGUGUCUGUUGUUUUCGGAAGAAGAAGAAGAAAUCAAAGCUUGAUCAGAUGCCGUACUACGGAAGCAAUGCUUACCCCGCAGGAAAAACUGGGGGUGAUCAAUACUACAACCAAAAUGCUGCUACACAACAACAACAACAUUACAACCAAAAUGAUCACAUUGUGAAUCUGCCUCCACCUCCUGGAUCAAUGGGAACAAACUGGGUGAGUUCACCGCCACCACCACCUCCAGGAAAUUGGCAGCCAAUGCCGUCGCCACCAGCACCAGUGUCAGGAGGCGCAAAUGUGAUCCAAAGCGGCGAAAUGAGCUCAAAUUUCUCAUCAGGUCCAUACGCUCCAUCUCUACCACCACCUCACCCUUCAGUGGCUCUGGGAUUCAACAAUAGCACAUUCACUUAUGAGGAGCUAGCAUCCGCAACUCAAGGUUUCUCAAAAGACCGGUUGUUGGGACAAGGCGGUUUCGGAUAUGUUCACAAAGGAAUCUUGCCAAAUGGUAAGGAGAUAGCGGUGAAGAGCCUUAAAGCGGGUAGCGGGCAAGGCGAGAGAGAGUUCCAGGCAGAGGUGGAGAUCAUCAGCCGCGUUCAUCAUCGACAUCUCGUGUCUCUUGUGGGAUACUGCAGUAAUGCGGGAGGACAGAGGUUGUUGGUCUAUGAGUUUCUCCCUAAUGACACACUUGAGUUCCACCUUCAUGGGAAAAGUGGGACUGUGAUGGAUUGGCCAACCAGACUCAAGAUUGCCUUAGGAUCAGCAAAAGGUCUUGCUUAUCUACAUGAAGAUUGUCAUCCAAAAAUCAUCCAUAGAGACAUUAAAGCUUCAAACAUUCUCCUUGACCAUAACUUCGAAGCCAAGGUUGCAGAUUUUGGUUUGGCCAAGCUCUCCCAAGACAACAAUACACAUGUAUCGACUCGUGUUAUGGGAACAUUCGGAUACUUAGCUCCUGAAUAUGCAUCGAGUGGGAAACUAACUGAGAAAUCAGAUGUUUUCUCUUUUGGAGUUAUGCUUCUUGAGCUCAUAACCGGACGCGGACCGGUUGAUCUAAGUGGUGACAUGGAAGACAGUUUAGUCGAUUGGGCGAGACCAUUGUGCAUGAGGGUAGCGCAAGAUGGAGAAUAUGGGGAAUUGGUUGACCCAUUCCUUGAGCACCAAUACGAGCCUUAUGAGAUGGCACGCAUGGUGGCUUGUGCUGCUGCAGCCGUAAGACAUUCUGGUCGUCGCCGCCCAAAGAUGAGUCAGAUUGUUAGGACGUUGGAGGGUGAUGCCUCGCUGGAUGACUUAGACGAUGGUGUGAAACCGAAACAGAGUUCAAGCGGAGGUGAAGGCAGCUCAGACUAUGAGAUGGGCACAUAUGGUGCUGAGAUGAGGAAGUUUCGGAAAGUGACAUUGGAAAGUCGGGAUUACGGGGCAAGUAGCGAAUACGGUGCCACAAGCGAGUACGGGCUUGACCCAUCCUCUUCAAGCAGCGAGGAGAUGCACAUUGGAGGAAGCACCAGCAAAACUACUACUACUAACCGUGGGAUUUAAAUUACAUAAACCAACUUAUUAAAACCCGUUAGAUUAUAUUAUUCUUGAAAAUGUGAAUGUUGAUGUAAUUGUUCGUUAAACAAAUUAAAGAGAAAAAUAUUAUUUAUGUAUUCUAUGCUAAAUUGUGUCUCAACAGUCUACGCUAAAGAUGAUUAAAUGUUAAUUAAAACUGUUGUAUGUUACAAAAUUAUCCAUGAUGAGAAGUACAGUCU